AUGCACUCUACAAUCCUCAGAUAGUUCUAUCUUCCUAAUAUUAGUGGACCGGCAAUCCGAAGCAGAAAAUCGAUCGUCUUAAGCAACUAUGGCCCUAUGCAAGGACUGCGAGCUGAUUAAUAUACAAGAAUUAUUUGAAGAUCAUAACGACAGAUCACCUGGUAUAGGACGCCAAGGACAUCGAUUUGCUGCAGUCCAACGAACUUCUAUCAGACACAAGAACUCUUUAGACGAGUUGGAGGAAAGCUCAAAAUGCUGUAGUCUUUGCAAAUUGUUCUGGAAUGGGCUUAUCUAUACGGAUAUCUUGAGAGACGCAAGAAUAUCCGAUACCGUGGAGAUAAUCGCAGACCGAAGGAUUGGCUAUGCGAAGAAAGAACAAAUUUGUCUUGGUGUAAGGUGUAUGAAUAAAACCGCAUGGCAUGGGUUAUUUGCCGAUAAAGGAAGCCUCGCAUCAAAAAAAGUUGUUGGAAGGCUUGUGGCUUCUCCUGAUGACUUCUCAUGUGUAUCAUCAUGGCUUCAAACAUGCCUUACCUCUCAUAAACAAUGUGGACAGGUUUCAACUUCUAGUCUACCAACACGAGUACUAGAUGUCAGUGCAGGUGACAACCAUAAUCUGGUUCGUCUCGUAUCAGGAGCCGGUAUUUAUGGCGUUUACGCAACCCUGAGCCACUGCUGGGGUAAUUUACCCUUGCAGACAUGUUCCAGAGCUUCAAUUUCAGAGUUGAAACGGACCGUGCCCUGGGAAUCUCUUUGUAAGACGUUCCAAGACGCUGUAUCGGUGGCACGAAGCUUGACAAUCAAAUAUCUCUGGAUCGACUCCCUAUGCAUCAUUCAAGACGAUAAUGAUGAUUGCCAACGAGAAAUCGCGAACAUGGCUAGCAUUUAUAGCAAUGGCUGUGUUAAUAUUGCUGCAGCUGCAAGUAUUAACGGCAGUGGCGGUUGUUUCCCAAACUAUAGACGUUAUAUGACCCCCUGGGAGCGUCUUCCGGCGGUUGAUUUGAGAUGGAUGAAAGAUGGACAGUCUCAUGGAGUUGUGAAAGUUGGAAGUCUGCCCAUGGGCUUUCAGUGUGGAGUAGAAUGGGGACCACUUGCAAAACGCGGUUGGGUAGUCCAGGAGAGGAUUCUAUCCCAAAGAAUGGUUUACUAUGGUCAAGACCAGCUCUACUGGGAUUGUGCCGAAGGACGAACAUCCGAGUGCGCAAUCGAUGUCGAUUUCUAUGGCGCAAAAGACCCGGGGUCGAAUGGAGGUUUCAGAAUGCUGAAAGCAAGCAUCGAAGAUGGUGAUGAGGAAGUAUGGGAGCGAGUUGUAGAGCUGUAUACACGUUGUGAUUUAACCAAGCCCGAAGACAAGCUCCCGGCUUUGUCUGGUAUCGCAAAGACGUACGCAGCUGCAACAGGAAUGUCCUAUAUCGCUGGGUUGUGGAAAGAAAGGCUUCCCUGCCAAUUGCUUUGGACUGUUGCUCGCUCUCCCGAAUCGACCCCUCUUUCAUUCUAUCGAGCUCCUUCGUUCUCAUGGGCUUCAAUUGAUGGCGUUGUCAGUUUCUACGACAAAAGGGAAACGUUUGCCAUAGAAACACAAUGGGCGAUUCGGGUUCUCUCUGUCACUGUGGAUGUGGAAGGGUCCAGUCCUUAUGGAAAGGUCACAAGCGGGACUUUAACGUUGAGAGGAAAGAUCAAACCAGCUGUGGGGUUUUUUGUGCAUGAAAGUGGCAUACAGUUAUAUGGUAGUGAUGAUAGUAAACGUACUGUUAUUGGGGACGGAAAACUCGACGAACCUGAACGACAAAUGGUUGAUGAUACCGUUUAUUGUCUUCUAGCAAUGGUCUCUAUUCACGAAAUUCCACCAGAAUCUCAGAUUCACUUCCAAGGAGACAAAACCUAUUCGCUGGUCCAUGUCCUGCUCCUGCGUCACAUUACAGGACAUCCGCAAAACACGUACUAUAGAGUUGGAACAGGCAGAGUUUCUAGAAAAGGAUGGUUUGCUGAUGUGAAGGAAAGCGAAAUGACUUUAUUUUAGGCCAUCGGAAUUUGAUUGGCACUAUUCGCUCGAGUUCAAGUUGGAUUUCUUAGAAGAAGAUGAACAGAGAAAAGAGGGUGGCGAAGGGGUUUGAAAGAUAAAGGUUUAUGACAGCCGAAUGAUGCAUUGAAAAGACCAAGUUCUAGUUUUAGGGGAAGUGGGGUGUUGAGCUAU